AUGAAAUACCUGGAUGCGUCUACAUUCGAACCCGUCCACCUUUCGGAGAGCAUCAAACAAGACCAAAUGACUCCAUUUCGAAGCCCGAAUCUCGAGAUGGCCUACGAUGCAGAAGAAAUCAAGACACUGGACGGAGCAAAAAUGAUCACGAGCGCCUAUUCCUGGAGCUUUGUCUCAAAUCUCUUGAUCUUCCUCAGGCAGCACAUGAUGACGUUAAGCAUCCUCCUUAUCCUCCUUCGAUUCUUCUAUCGACGGUACCUGCAUCCUCUUUCCAGCUAUCCAGGUCCGUUCCUUGCCUCGAUUACACGUCUCUGGAAAGUAUGGAGUGUAUACAGCGGCCACACCGAACGUGAUUAUAUUGCUGUGCACAAGAAAUAUGGCAAAGUUGUUCGCGUGGGCCCGAAUGAGCUCUCAUUUGCCGCCCCGGCUGCGGCGUACGAUAUCUUCACCCCUGGAAAUGGAUUCACGAAGACAGACUUCUACGCAGUGUUUCCACUGCGCGAUAUUUUUGGCGAAGUACGCGAAUGGAAGCACGCACAUAUGAAGCGUAUGGCCGUGGUGCCAUACAGUCUCGCUAGCGUCCAGAAAAUGGGUCCCUAUAUCGAAGACGUGCAGAAAGAAUUGAUUCGUAAGGUGGGUGAAUAUGCAAAGGCUGCAAAGCCAUGCGACUUAGGUGAACUAUUGCACUACUUUGCAUUUGACGUACUCGGAGAAUUUGCCUUCUCACAGCGGUAUGGGUUCCUGGCACAGGAAAAAGAUGUUGGAGGCACUAUUAAAUUCAUUGAUGACAGUCAACGGUACAACGGUCUAGUCGGACAGAUGCCCGAGAUGCGUCAUUUACUCCGUGAGAACCCGGUGCUACAGCUCCUUAUGCAGCUUCUAAGGCCUCGAAAAGUUGCUCAAAUGGCACUAAAAGAGAUUGAGAGAAGGAAGGAAUCGUCCGGCGGUUUCUAUGUUUCGAGCAGCAAGAAGGAUCUUUUGGGGCAGUUGCUCGAAGCGAGCGCGAAAUAUCCCGGCAAGCUGUCAGAUUGGGAUGUGUUUUCUGUGGCCCAGGGUGCAAUCGGUGCGGGUGCCGAUUCUACAGCAUCCACGAUGCAAUCGUUUGUUUAUUAUAUCUUGUCGAGUCCCGACGUAUACACCAAGCUCACCAAAGAAAUCCGCAGUGCUGGUCUUUCCGAAUAUGUCUCAUGGGCUGAGGCGCAAGAACUACUGUACUUCCAGGCCUGCCUCUCUGAGACAAUGAGGCUCAGGCCAGCUGUUGGUCUUUCGAUCCCUCGGUACGUCCCCAGAGGCGGGGCGAGAAUCGACGACAAGUACUAUCCAGGAGGUACUAUUGCGUCGGUCAACGGAUGGGUAGUUCACCGCGAUCCCACCGUCUACGGAGAUCACCCAGAUGAGUUCCGCCCCGAGCGCUGGCUUACUGGAAACGUCAAGGAGAUGAAAAGACAUAUGUACCAGUUCGGUGGAGGCGGACAUCUUUGCAUUGGACGUAACUUAGCGUUGUUCGAGAUGAACAAGAUCCUUCCCCAGCUACUAGCAAAUUUUGAUCUCGAGUUAGUCUACCCCGGAAAGCCAUUGCAGUCGCAUUCCUAUUUCUUCGUCGUCCAAAGUGGUUUGGAGGUGAUGGUCAAAAGAAGCGAGACAUAG